AUGAAAACAACAAAACAAUCUUUUCGAAUCCUUUGGCCCAGUCCAUCUUUCCAAUCCAGGGAUCAAAAACGCUCAACCCUGGAUGAGUGGUUAAGCGGAAAACGAAUCUACGAGGACAAACGAACAAGAAGAGUAAAUGUUCCUCCUCUCAGUGAUAAUGCAUGCUUAAAGCAGUUGGUAGACACCUCGUACAUGUGUUACGAAUUUAUGAAAUAUCUCACACCAAAGGAUCUCUUUUCAUUGAUGCAGUCAUGUCGAACCUUUUAUGAAAUCAUUCAUCAACUCAAAUUGUUGCGACCCGAUGCUUACAAUGGUCUUUGUAUUUGUGAAGAAAGAUUUGAGUACUACAAGAUCUCUUAUUUGAAUUUAUUGUACAAUUAUGGACAGCACUUGUCACACAGCGAGCUUCUCUUCCUUUCGGACAGCUCUCUCCAACACUCAUGUUCUCAAGCAAUGGACCUUAUUUUAGGGUGGCUGGACAUUUCUAGCCCAGAUAUCUGCCACAUUCUUAUCAAGUAUGACAAUCGAAUGAGUAGUGGUGAUGUGAAUCAAGCGAUGGAAACGUUUAUGCGACACCCUAAAAUACAAGAGUUAACUUCUGAAGUAGUCGAAUACUUAGUUUCAGAGCAGCGCUUCUCCCUUCUUGAGAAUUUACCAUCUGUUGAUUUCGCAUCUUUCUUUCAAGAAAUUUUGGAGGUUCAACCUAGUUUCUUUGCCACGCAUCCAUCCAUAUUAUUUCAAAGGUGGAAACAAAGAAAGGAUAGAGAUCUCAUUGUGAAACAUUUUACUUCCAUUUUCAGAAGAAUGGAAGAAAACCAGGAGCUUGACGAGCUUGUCCUCGAAAUGAUGAACAAGAAGGAACGACAAGUACAAAGAAAGUGGGUGGUUGAAUCUCUCUCACAAGAAUUUCAAAAAUCCUUAUUGAAAAGAAGAAGUCUUGUCCUGGAAUAUGGUGUUGACAUUAUGAUGUUUUCUCUCAAUAUUUCUCGCCAUCAUAUGGUUAUCUGUUGCUUAAAGGUGGAUCCUGAUUUAUUUUCUAAGGAAUUGGAUUUACCCAGACUUAGCAUGGAACUUAUUGACAGGUGCCGAUAUUACUUGCGCAGAAUUAGUCAAAUUACUCAAAAUGAAAGCUAUUUCAGCAGUUGCAUCAUCUCCAAGAAAUUAUUUGCGUUUUAUUCUCCAACAAGCUCAUCCUCUUGGAAAAAGAGAUAA